AUGCGUCUUUGGAUGGUGGAGAAUCUCACACUUGACCAUGUGGCAGCCCAUAUGUUACAAAAGCACGGAUUCGAUCGAAAAAGGUCUCAGUAUGAGUACAUACUCAAGAAGUGGAAGGCUCGCAAGAAUAUACCAAGCAGCAGUUGGAGCUAUGCAAGCCAUGCCAUUGAGAAAAGACAGGCGCAGCAAAAGAAGUCCCAGCUCCAAUUGAACGGGUUGCCGAUUUUGCAAAGUCGCAUGAAAAGAGCCCUCCAGAGAAACCAGCCUGGCCUAUCACUGGCUCGCAAAUACGGAAUAGCUCAUAGUCCAGAGCGACCGGAUGGCUGUCCAAUCGUGAUGGCGAGUCCGCCAGCUUUGGAGAAUAGUCAAGUAUUUUGGCCAAAGUCUCUACCGUGGAUUCAGUUCGAUGCCGGGUUUCAUAUAGCUCUACCAAUUUCGUCGAAGCUUUUGUGUUCACUAGCAGAAGUAAUGAGCAUUUCCGGUUCAAAAUCCAUUUCAACAGUUCCCAGGCCGAUGGAACUCGCUCGUGCCCUCUUCGCAACGUCAAACCCAAAUCAGUCGUCAACAUGGGCAGCUGAUCUCAUUCGGAUGCUACCAUCUCUGCCAAACACCUCACACGAAUCCAUAAUCUCUGACCUCAUGGAGGAUCCACGCAAGUUGUCAGCGUAUUUCUUGAAAAGCUGUCUAUUCCAGCUGUCAAACAAAAUGCUCAGUUCAAGCUAUAGUGAAGAACAAAAGAAUCAAUAUCGAUCCCUGCUUACAUUAGUCUUCGAGUUACGCCGUCUCAGUGCUACCGUCUUCAAUGCACUCAUGGCUGCUACGGACCCAACCUCGAAAGCCAUCAAAGAGACUUUGUACAGCGCUGCAGUAUCAUGGGGCAAUAUAGACCUAAUUGAAAGCCUCUGGAGAAGCGGUACAGAUCUGAAUGUCUUGACUUCGUUGGAAUUAGGGAACGGUGAAAUGCACAACUUAGUACGAGGAAAGGCGGCUCUGAAUAGUAGGUAUUUGCCGAUCAAUCAAAGUACUGCCUUGCAGUAUGCAGCUUCAACUUGCGACUUGCCCAUGGCAACUUUUCUGAUUGAACAUGGGGCCAAGGUGGACCUUGGAUCACCUACACCUCUUCAAGUUCUUUGUUACAGACCUAAACAUCAGGACACCUUACGAUUCGCUACUCUUCUCUUGGAUAAGGGCGCCCGAUAUGACCAACAGUCAUUUGAUUGGUUUCUUCCACCGCUUAUGGAAGCUGUCUCACAAAAUAAUAGAGAUCUUGUAGAAUUCCUUAUACAGCAAGGUGCUCAAGAUACGGUAAUACAGGUCCCUCCUGUUGAGUCUUUGGCCGAUGAAGGCCAAAGUGAUUUCCAGCUAGACCCGCUUCCUUACGUCACAGGUGACUACGAAUACCAAGUCAAUGUCUAUGGACAAGUCUGGGAACAAAAAGUCACAGCACUACAACUUGCUAUUGUUUCCAACGAGAUUGACAUUCUGGCAAUGAUUAUCGCUGCAGUCUUGGAACAGGAGAAUCGUCAUGAAAUAUUCGAGGAGGGGUUCCUUACUGCCUGCCUCUCGGGAGAUGAAGCUACUGUGCAUAGACUGUUGAGUCUCGAUGCACAAAUCCUCCACAACCAGAACUUGGUGAACUGGGCCUUUAUUGCGAUAGCCUGGAUUCCGGACUGCCGGAUCGCGAUUCAUCUACUAAAACACGGUGCCGCCCCAUCCGAGUUUAUCACCCCAAGCGUUUCACAUCUUCAAAUGGCGGCAUUAUAUGGGAAUGUCCCGUUGACAAAGCUGCUAACGUCUUGCGGGUUCGACAUCAAUUCUGGUGAGGAGUUGCAGUUUGAAGCUCUUGACGAAACUGACAUGGAUGACCGACCCGAUAUUCGGAGUCCCUUAGAGUGUGUAGUACGCAUGGGUCAUCGCGUGGCUGCAGAGACCUUGCUAGAGCUUGGAGCCGAUGCUGGCGAUGUUGCGCUCAAAGAUUUCGUGGAGCUGGGAUCCAUCAUCCUAGUACACACGGCACUUCUUUGCUGUGAAGACAUCGAUGGGCAAUUCAACGAGGAUUUGCAAGAUGCACUUGACAUUGCCAUUAGUGGCCGAAAGGGACGAGAAAUUGUGCGUCAAAUUCUUGAUGCCGGCGCUUUCAUUUCAGGUCAUAACUUGGUCGAAGCUAUACGGAGCAGCGAUGAAGAAGUUAUACAGCUACUCUUUGCACGGGGCGCUGACAUAUUCGCAACCGGUGAAAACGGUGAAACCGUACUGGAAGCUGCCUAUCAAGUAGGCAACAUGACCAUGGCUCGGCAUUAUUUCAGCUGUGGUGGUAUAUACAGCUCGAAAGCACUGCUACACGGUGUGAACCGGGCUGUCACAAUGAAUCUUUACCAUGGGUUUGAGGAUCUCCUGGCAAAGCGACCACCUGGCCCAGUGGAUGAAUACGAAGCCACUGGCUUUGUCCUCUCAAUCCGAGCGGCUGACGCUUUCUUGAUCAACAUUUUCCUUGGUGAUGCCUUCAGAGCGAGCUCGGCACGUUCUAUUUACUGCUGGCACGCUGGUCUUUUACUAGACUCAUCCAUGCCAGAGGACGAAGACCAAGGCCUGAUCAUCACUUCGAACGAAUCAUGGAGAGGCAUGAAAUACCACAAGUGCUCCAGUCCUUUGUACGUUCAGCGGUUCAAAGAUAGGUGCCUCUGUUCACCAAUGUUGCUGGCAGCUCUUAUGGCACAGGAUCGGCUGAUCAGGGCAAUGCUUGACCACGGCUAUCAACCAGAUCUUUUGCUCAUAGAAACCAUGUACAACUACAAGCCAGCUACCAUCAGCUACGGAGUCAGGGAGAUGUUAAUGGCAGCCUGCCCGAUGUCAUCAAUCAAAGAGCCGUCCUGGCAUCGCUGCCUGCUCUUGGCCGCCAUCAAAACCUCAGCUGGCCUUGAAACAAUUAGUCUACAUCUAUCAAUUCUGACUUGCCUUGAUUUUUAUGAAAUUGUGGAUCAUCAAUCAUACUCUCCACUCCAGCUUGCAGCUAGUAUCGGCGACAUAGACUGUGUGAGGACGAUCCUGGAGGCGGGCGCAACCGUUGAUUGGCAAGCAUCAAGCGGUUAUUCUACAGCUUUGUGCUGCGCAUUGGAUUCAAGUCACUGGAAGAUUGCAUCACUGCUGAUAGAAGCCGGAGCUAACAUUGACGCCGAUACUGUGUUUUCGGACCUACUCAUUGGUGCCGCAACAUGUGGGGAUCUAGAAAAGGCCAGUUUUCUUCUAGAACAUGGCCUUGAUAUCAAUGCCUUAUCGCAUGGCGAAAGAGCCUUGGAAAAAGCAGCAAUGAACGGAAGAAUCGACAUGGCAGAGCUCCUGCUUUCGCAUGGGAUUAAUAUUCGAGGACGCCAGAGGAUCCAUUUUGUUCGGGCAGUGAAUUUUGCCAUCCAGGGAUGCCACUACGCAACGGCAAAUCUCCUCAAGGACCAUGGAGGGUGGGACCCCGAGGAUUCUGAACUUGCUCGAAAGCCUCGAGCAACUGAUCGAUUUCACAGCUGCGCUCGUUUCAUUUACGAUGAUGCAUCUUUGGAGGGAUGUCGCCUUUGCAAACGGCCCGCUGGCUGCUAUCCGCAAUCAGGUUCCCCGGAAGAAGUAUCCAACCCUGCCUCAUUCAUUGAUUGUUCAGUGACGCAGUCCAGAGAGUUUUCAAAUGCUGCCCAAGAAAUACCUGGCGAUGACUUGUUUAUGUUGGGAGAUGAGUUCCACUUUCUACAAAUGACAGAGUGGUCUUUUGGGCCGUACACAGCCCUGGAUAGGGAGCGCGACGAGAUGGCCAGGAGGAUGCUCGAGGAGUAUGAAGAGCACAUGCUUGAGGGGACAGGGUGGUCUUUGGUUCCAUACACAAUCACAGAAGACAACCACAACUUUGAGGACUCUAUCAUGUUCGAAGAGUAG